AGAGCCCACUGCAGGAUGGCGCAAAGCGUUGCUCUACCGGAGGAAGCGGUGUGCUUCUGUGGUUUGGUUCAUCACGACGGCCCGACGGGUCUAUCAGAAGCUCUGAGCACAGGAAGCAUCUCUCUGUGACGAGAUUAAAGUUGAAGGUUCAAGAUGACUGCGUUCAUUGUUAUCACGUCAGGCAAUUGAACUGCAGUUUCCUCUCGGUCUCAGUGGUGCUAUUCAGGAGUAAGUAAAUUGGGUUAGGACUAAUCAUCGGUUUAAAUUAAUGCACGAAAAAAUACCAGACCUCAAUUGUCAAAAAGUUUAAAGUUAAAAAAGUAUGCGUUUUGACCACUAUGAACUCAUAUUUUUCUUUUUUGGGUUGAGUUGUUACAAUUUAUCCUACAGCAGCCAUGAUAUGACAUUUUCCAGCUCGUCGCUGUCCUUUCUAAAGCCCAGAGCGACGUCACGUCUGGAACGGUACAUUUGACCUACUUUAUCCUCUUCAGUCGUUCAGCGUUUCUAGCUCGUGGCCUCAUGUGCUGGAGCCACUGGUGGCCCCGUUCGGACUGCCCAGCCCCCAGUCGCAUGUGUUUCCUUUUAUUUGGCUUAACUCAACAUAAGAAAGCAUACUUCGAAGUCUGAGCUACCCCGUGCUGACUGAAGAAUGCGUAUGAGGCAUGGACGGGGAAGUAGAGGUAAGAAUCCUAAAGUUGGUGUGUUAUCUUGUGUGCACAUGCAAAAAGAAUCCACGUCUGCAUGUCGCUGCUUGUCAUCUGACAGGUGUGUGUGUGUGUGUGUGUGUGUGUGUGUGUGUGUGUGUAUAGGUGUGUGUGUGUGUGUGUGUGUGUGUGUGCGCGCGCGGUGUGCAUGCGCUCAAAAGUUGUUUGACUCUUGUAUGUCACAACUGUUUUUCGAAUAACUGUUUCUCCGCACAUUCUCCGGUCAUUGGAGACAUUUGAGUAAUGACCCCCCUAGACCCCAGUGUGGGGCUGAGGGGGGACGGCCUAUUGACGGCAGCUGUUUCUCAUUUCACCAGCGGGUCCGCCCAUGCUGUGCCCGGCGUUAUGUGUGAGUGUAUCAGUAACGACAAUUGACCGGAUUAAGCAACGCGCAAGGGCUUUCAACUUGGGAAGGAAAGGCUCCACGAUAACGGGGGAAGAGGAACUGAACCUGACUUUUAACGGGAGAGAAGCACAGAGUCCGCGGUCGUCCAAUUAAAUCCCCCUUUGAGAGCCUCCUAAUUGGACGAGGCCCCGCCCACGUUUUCUCCAUCCCCCUGUGGCUCCGCCCCUCUGGGAUCACCCAACGGGGCCCCCCCUGUCCUCUCCUCCUCCUCCUCUCGCUGAGACCGCCCUCCACCCCCUCUCAGCGGCCCCCCAUGCCGUUGUGGACCGCUAGCCCCGCCUGCGGCCUGUGAGCGGCGUGCAGCCGGGCGACGGCGUGCCAUGGCGCCCAGGCUGCGCAUCGUGUUCGGCCUCCUGGCGGCCGGCAGCCUGCCCCUCUUCUACCUGAUGAGUGUGAGCCUGGAGGUGUGGACCCCCUGGCACAUGGACCUCCUGGGGCGGGCCUGGUACGCAGCCAGCCCCUCCCCCCCAAGCAGCAUUCCAGGAGAUCGCCUGGGGCCCCUUCGGCUCAACAACAGUCUCUUUGGCCAGGACCCCAGGGCCUCCAGUGUUGACCCGAGCACUGUGGCCCCAGACCCGUCCAGUCCGGGGCCACCGCCGUCCACCACUGCUGCCGCCGGCCAGCCGCCGGCCAGGGGGCCGAGGGUAACCACGUCUAGACCAGCCCCCAUUGAGCUCACUCCCAGGGUGCUGACCAGGGGGCCGAGGGUAACCACGUCUAGACCAGCCCCCAUUGAGCUCACUCCCAGGGUGCUGACCUUCGAGGAGGCCUACAUUGGAGAUACGUACAGCAGAGAAGACAUCCCACCACAGACAACCUGCCCAGAUUCCAUCGCCAGGAAGUGGUCGUCAUCCGGCUUUAAUGGCAGUUUCCUGGGGACCGUUCCGGUUCUUCAGUGGGCCAAGGACGUCACGCUGCUCCAGCACCAGCGCCUGAAGCAGUUUCACGGAGCCUACGGAUGGUUCUCGAUGGAUUAUGACUCGCUGAAGGCCACGCUCUCCGUCCUCAACCUCACGGCCAACCACCAGAUGUUUGACGACUGGGAGCGCCGACGGAACGGCUCGCAGUGCAUCCGCUGCGCCGUGGUCGGCAACGGGGGGAUCUUGAAGGACUCCGGCAAGGGGCCCGAGAUCGACGGCCACGACUACGUGUUCAGGACGAACGGGGCUAUCCUUGAUGGUUUCCAGAAGGAUGUGGGCACACGCACCACCCACUACACCUUCUCCACCAACACUAUGAAGAACUCCAUGGGGGGCUACCGCAGCGCGGGCUUCAGGGGGCCACCGGUGUCCAAGGAGACGCGUUAUGUCUUCCUUCCUACCAGUUACCGGGACUAUCUGAUGGUGAAAGCUGUCGCCACACACACACCGGUGGAGCGAGGCCAAGAUAAAUCCAAAACUCCACCAAAGUACUUCGGAGAGGACGCGACGGCGGAGAAGCUGAAGAUGCUUCACCCAGACUUUGUCCGCUACCUCAGGAACAGGUUCUUUACAGCCCAAACACUGAAGAAGAGAUACAGGGACAUCUUCCGUCCGUCUACGGGAUCUGUGAUGCUUCUGGCUGCUCUGCACACCUGUGACCAGGUCAGCGCCUAUGGCUUCAUGACGCCCGACUAUAGCAAGUACUCGGACCACUACUUUGACAAAACCUACCACAAGGUGAUAUUCUACGCCAACCACGAGUUCCGCUUGGAGCUGGAGCUGUGGCAGCAGCUGCACAAGGCUGGCCUCAUGCGGCUGUUCAUGAGACCAUCGACCACGGGGAGCCCUCGACCAGCUACACACGGCCCCCAGAGUAACGGGACGGGGUAAUCUGGGGGCCGGAGGACCUGCCGUUUUUAGGACAGAUUGGGCAAAGAGCACUGAGGGUUUUUUUUUUUCCUCAAAGCUUUUUUUUUUAAGAUUUUUAUUUGGUGAAGGGCUUUCCGUGUACGCAGUGGCGGUUUUGGGCACGGGCGAACCAGGCAGCUGCCCGGAGCGCCAUAUUUGUGGGGGGCGCCAAAUCACAUGGGGGGGGGGGGGGGGGGCACAAGCAAGCAAGCAAAAAAAAAAAAAAAUUCAAUGAAGUACGUAACAUUGUGUGGGGAAUUCGUAUUGUGGCGCCCCCGCUGGCUGCAGGCGUACACCUGCUCGUUGAUACGGGUCCGUGCACAGACGGAAUGAAUCAGGGAACAUAUUUUUUAUACUGUUGAAGGACUUUCUGGGGAUGAAUCAAUGGGUGAUUUAAGGGCUUAAAACUUAGACUUGCAUUGUGCAAUUUCUGACUGUGAUUUUGAUUUCUGAAAUUUGUUACCAGGUAAAAGGCUGACCUCCAACCUGCUGGGGUUAACAAAAGUUUCAA